AUGGAAUUUUUCCGCAAAAUUGAAAAGAGACGUUUCAACGCCGAAGAAUCGUACACCGAAGAUCAAUUAGAUCACCCGCACGGCCGUAAUCGCUGCGGCGAUCCGAAUUACGUCGCAAGUUGUAGAGAUUGCAACGUCGUGUUCCCCGAGGUAAGUACCUAUGUAUAUAGGGAGUUAAAUAAUAUGUUUUAUGCGUCAUUUAAAGGAAAUUGAUUUCGACCCGGCGCGCGUAAAAAUCCCAGAUCCGCCGCGAUCGUAUUGGUUGGAUACUAAUUGUUUACAUUUUUUUUUUUUUCAACUUACCCACACAUUCAAUGGCGGAUCCGGGGGGGUACAGGGGCACGUGCGCCCCCUGUCAACGUACCACGGUUUCUGUUUAUAUAUUUCAUAUUAAUUUGAUAUACACAAUUUAUAGUUAAUUCACCGAAAAUAUAAAUAAUGUGCCCCGUCCCCCUUAAAAAAAUAUGUCUGGAUCCACCGCCGUACGUAUUGUACGCGCUUUACACAAAUUAUUGUUAUUCGUUGUUAAACAUCGUUUACGCCGCCGAAACGUACUGUUCGCCAAACUAUCCCCGGGACUAGAAGUCCUGCAGGACUCACUGAAAAUACCACUCGUCCGCUUCGUAUUAGUACUCGUAUAUCGAUACGAGUACAGCACUGUAAUAAAUACGUAUAGAUAUAAUUCAAAGUCACUCGCGCGAAUAGCGGGACAAUAAUAUUGUAUAAUAAUGCCGAUUGCAAUAAAACAUAGUAGGACUCGAGUCACUGUGCGACUUGUGUAAUUAAAACUAUAAUCGUGUUUACUAGGUUUUGGUGUGUUACACGGAUCAACAUUUGUCGCUAAAAUACUCCAGUGUUAUAGCGGUGAUCGCGGUAGCCGGCGAAAUGGCGGGUUUCGGGGUAAUUCUCGCCCCGUGGGCCUUCGUCAACUUCGGUAAGUACGGUUGUACGGUUGCGAAUUUAUUCUAUAAUGCCUAUGGUUAUUAUUGGCUACAAUAAAAAUAUAAGCAACGAGAUGGUAAAAUUUGAAUUCGCACACUAUUAUUAUAAAAAGUUUUUUUUUUUUUUUAUUAACAUUAUUAUUAUUGCCCGUAUAUACGCGUAAAAUGCCGAAAUUUAAAAAAAAUCGUCAUCAUUACAGGCCUAUUGACGGGCACCGUAAUGCUGAUGUUGUUGGUGGCAGCUGCCACAUAUGGUUCCAGCUGUAUGUCGUGGUCCUGGUUCAUAUGCGAACACCGUAACCCAUCUGAUUUUAAUGGUUAUCCGCAUGUAUUUCCGUGUCUGAAGCUCGCGUAUAACAUUGGUGGCAAACGCCUCAGGUACGUAUCAACGAUAGACAAUAACAAUAAGACUUAUUGGGUGUACGAGUGUUCCGUAACCGGGCACUGAUCUAGGAAAGCGAAUCGUGCAGAUUCCGUACGCCCACUUCCAAAAGACCUUUUUUUUUUUUCCUUUUGUUUAACGAUAAAUAAAAAUUUUGAAAUAUAGAUUUUUUUUUUUUUAUUAUUAUUUUACCACUCGUAAUUCCGUGCGGCAUAGACUCUUCGUUCUCAUCUUCUAAAAUCUUAUCCAACCUGAUCACGUCACACGUCUACCUUAAAAAUCUGGUUUCUGAUACUUUUAUUUGUAUCUCAUCGGUUUUAUUCAACACCCCGCGUAUUAUAAUAUAUUAUAAAAGUACGCUAAUAUAUACCGUUUUAUCUCCGAAUCUUCAAAAAACACGAAUCAGUCGGUUUCAGAUAGGAUUUCGAUUAGACGGUUAAAUAUUAUAUCUUUGUAAACAUAAAGUUUCCGAACGCUAUCAUUUGUCGUUUUGUUUAAAACACAAACACUAAGUAAUAUUACAAUAGCGCUCCCGUUUCUUCGUACACACCCGCAUGACAAUUCCUUUGACUGUGAGACUGCCCUCGUUUGUGUCAGCCGAUCACUUAAUAUAUUAUAUGUUUACAAUGUCUCGGUUCAUUUGAUUCAUAGUAACAUAAUGACACGUACGAUAUAGUAAGCGUAUCGUAUUCAAUCGCAGUCCGCCCGUGUCCCAACAAACUGUCUGCUUACAUACAUGCCAGUAUAACAUGUUGAAUAUGUGAAAUAUUAAUAUCUAUUAACUAGUUUGCAGGGGGGUUUUUUUUUUUUUUAGAUUUUGAGUGGACCGAAGAAGCUUAUGAUUUUACAAAGAUGUUUAUUUUAGGUUCCGAGCGUAGCGAGAGAGCCGUUAGUUUUACAAUGCUGUUUAUUUUUUUUCUAAUGUGCGAACACGGUUUUUCCUAUUGAACUUGCUCCGAUUUUAUGUGUAGCAACUUUUCUGAAAGCUCAUGUUAUCUAGAUUGUACUUCAUAGAGGUCAUUUUUUGAUUUUUGACGGUAUUAUUUAAAUAAAAGCACUUAAAUUGGCAAAAAACGUAGAAAAACGUAAAAUUUCACGAUUUCAUUAUUUUAUAUAAACACGGACGUCCAGAAAAAACACAAAACGCCUUUUUUGUUGUCUUUUUGAUUUAUUUUUUUAUGGUAUUAUUGCCAAAACUUUCGAGCCACUUUUGAGCUUUUAAGGAAUUUUAAAUUUUGAGAGUUUUUUGCUGUAAUUCAGUUAUGAUUACACGUAGAAACUUAAAUCUCGGAAUCGAUAUUUUGUAAGCAAUGGUUUAUCGUUGCUCACAGAUAUACAUUAAAUUACCUAUAACAGGGGAUGCACCCGUUCUCAUUAUCCUAGGACGUAUUUUUUUUUAUCUAUUUUCUUUGUUAUGACGGGAUGCACGUUUCUAUAUUAUAAUAUAUUGGGAAUAACAAGCCUCAGUGGCGUAUAGAAAAUUUUUUCCAGUGGGGUAUUCCCUUCUCCUUCCUUGAACUACCCGUUGACAAACCGUGAAAAUGUUUUAUGUGAAAAGUCGGUUUUGAUUAAAACAAGGCAUCUAAGAGAUCAAUGCCUUUGAUGUGAACGACUAUUUCACUAGACAGUAAUCAACAAACGUAUAGGAGAUAAUAUCAUAUGUCGUGUGUUAUUUACAGUAAAAUAUUUAUGGGAUUUGAUUUUCUUGAUAAAGAAAUAAAAACGAAUUCAAAAUUCCGAAAAUCAAAUUGUGUUAAAAAUGAAUUUAAAUUAUUUAUAAUGGCGGACUUGCUUUUACCCAAAUAAUUAAUCUUUCGGUUUUCACCUGAAGAAAUAUUAUUCGCCGUAGAAAAAAAAAUAUUAUAGCUACCGCUUUCCACGAGUGCGUAUGAUAAGUAUGAAACAACGAAAUGUAUUCGGCUUAAACAGAAAACUCUAGAUUCGAGAUUAUAAAUGGCAGUGUGUGCAGUUGACAAAAGGCAACCCAAAAUGUUUUGUUUUUUUUUUAUUUUUUUUUUUUUUGUUAGCGAUGAAUAAUAUUUCUUUAGGCGAAAAGCAAACCAUUCGUUUUUAAGUUUGGGUAAAAACCAAAAGGUUAAUUUUGGGCAAAAACAAGUAUUCGCCUUCAUACAUGGCCGGUUGUUAAUUAAUGACAAUUAAGGACACAGAAAUUUGGAGGGGGAGGGGGUAAGAUAAAAACCACGUUAUGUUUUAUUACUAAUUGGAAUUUUAUUAUUUCAGAAACCAUAUUUUGCAGUGUAUUUGUUUGGCGCUGUUUAGUGCGGCCACCGUGUGCUUGAUGCUCAUCGCGCAGAGCGCAGACAAGUUGAUGCACGACGAGUGCAAAGGAUUGACGUUGGAAAAUUGGCUUUACUUAUUCGCGAUCAUGUUAAGCGGAAUGAUGGUCAUCGAGGACCCAAAGAGAACAAGGUACGUUCAAAAUGUCACUGCUUUAAUCGUAUAUACUAAUAAAUCAAUCGUGUUUUCGACGCUGUAGAUUUAUGAGCGUGGGCCCGAUGAUUACGUCAUCCGUGGCCUGUUUUUGCAUGGCCAUGCAAACGCUCUACGACAUACGACAAAAGGAGGGGACCUACGUGCCCCAAGCUGCCCUAGUGGAAACGGUCCCCAGUAAAAUGGCCACGGCGUUCGGGACAUUGGUGUUCGUGACGGGCACAGCGGCCGUGCUCCCGGUCAUACAAAACAACUUGACCAAACGCACAGAAAACGCGAUCAGCCUGUUGCAUUUCUUCUUCAGUGAGUGUCCGCCAACCUAACACCCGAUUUUUACAUAGUAUUAAAAUAUCGGCAUGAUCACGACCGACCGUGAGCUAUAAAAAAAAAAAAAAAACGUCUAUAAUAAUAAUACAUACGUAUAAUAAUAUGCACGUUAAUAAUGUAAUGUCCAAAAUAUUGCGAUUUAAUAAUUUUUGUUUUGAUUUUUAUUCCAGUUAUGUCGGUGAUGUUCAUGUUGGUCGUAUUCGCCGCGUGCUUCGCUUACGGUACGGACAUCCACCCGAACGUUUUGAUGUCCAUGGGCAAUUCGGGGUGGGCCGACGUAGCGAUCAUCAUGUCGAUCUUCAACCUGUUAUUAACGUUCGUGUCUUUCACGGGGCCGCUGGUUAAGUUUAUUGAAUUAUUGAUGGAUGGCAAAGAUUUGGGCGACCCUACGAUUCUGAUAAGUCCCACGAGUAAGGAUAAUAACAUCAUAACGUCACGGCGACGUGGAUUUAACCGGCUAUUAUAGACAUUCGUGUUUAUAUUAAUACAAUAUUAUAUCGCAGCGUUCCUCACUCUGUAUAAUAUGUAUAUAGUGUUUUUAAAUCGCAGUAAAUAAUAUUUCGCGAGAAAAUUCUCGAAAACUGAAAACAUUCGGCAGUUUUCAUUAUUCAAGUUAGACGCUCAAAAUCGAAAGUCUAAGCGCUCACCGUUACGCGUUACUGUGGCCUUAAAAAUUAUACGCGUAUUUUGAUUACAUCGAGUCAUAAACUCAUAACACUCAUAAGGAUAAAUCGUAAAUCAUCGAGAAUAACAAGAAUAGGCAUUUAUGAUAUUGUAUAAACAAAAUGUACAUUAUCGGUAACUUAAAGAAAAACAGUUAUAUGGUUUAUAUUUCAAUACCUAUAUUAUUUAAGAAUAAAAUGUAUUUUAUAAUGACUUGUAAAAUCAUAUUUCGAUUGAAAAUAACAACAUAUAAACAAUAAUCAUUUUAUCACUUUCCGUUGAUAAAUAGAAAAAAAAAUAUUGUUUUCAACCCCUGUCCCCCAAUAUUAACCACUCAAAUCGCUAUAUGCAUGCACAAAAAGGCUGCUAAAUUGCAUUUCAAUUGAUCGCAACGUUAUAACAUACAAUUAUGCUGCAGUUAAAAUUCAAUAUUAACAAUUCGGCGUCGUGUAAAAUAUAGAUAAAGGUACAUAGGUAAGAUUCAUUUCAUAUUUUAGAUUGCGAGUGUAGCAAAGAAACUAUUAGUUUUAGUGGAAACACUUUUUCGGUUAACGACCCAAUUUUUCACGACAUAAUAUUAUCUUAAAACAUACGAUAAUACUUUAUUUGAAACUCUUAUCGAAAUCUUCAUCAGCUCAUCCUUAGGUUUCUUUUUUUGUAUUUCUCUUUCUGUUUUUCGAUUUUUGUUGAUUUCCGAGUUCCCUUGGUAAAAACACGACUAAUUGUUUCGUAUAUAGUAUACAAACUAAAUUACCCUGUUCCCUGUAGUGCAUGUCCUACCUCGCCUACUAUUAUUACUUUUUAUUUGUAUAUGUUUAUUGUGUAUAAUGUAUGUAUAAAAACUAAAAAUUUAAAAUCAUUGUUUAUCACACUUGCCUAGCUGUAAUUUUUUUCGGUUAAAUAUAAACAUAUACAGUUAUUAUAAUAUAACCAAGACGCUGCUGAGGAUAUAAUGAAAUAAAUUAUAGUUAUUAAUCACCAUUACAUUCUAUAAUCCACGUGUUAGAAUUAUAACCAAGGUGUUUUUGUAUUUUUUAGGACUGAACUUUCAACGGUAUUUCAUCUGCGUUAGUUUAUUGGUCGCCAUGGUACUGACAGGUAAUUUAAUAAACGAUUUCAAUAAACUCGUGGUUAUGUUUGGCGGUACCAGUAUGCUUUUUGGAGCGUUCAUUAUUCCGUGCGUAUUCUACCAUGCAACAGCCGAGAGAAAGGAAGUGUUCUAUAAGGUGCCCCUCAGGUGUGCAUAA